AUGGAUCGAUUACUGCGUCGUGGCCCAGGGCCAGCGAGUACAGCGACGGCGAUGGACGUUUUGCCCUCGGAGGACCUGCUGGACCGACCUGAGUUCGAUGCGCGCGAGUUCAUCAACCGAAACUUUCCGGACGAGCAGAGUCUGGGGGACAUUGGAGCUCGACGACUCGCUGUCUCGGGCGUCACAAGACCAGAGUUUAGCGGCGCAUCAGGCGCUUCUGGAUCUGAAGGAAGCGAAAACGGCGAGUCAGCAGCUUUCCACAAGAUCCACGAUAUCCGAGGGAAGGCAGAGCAGUCCGAGGUCAUGGUGCAGGAGAUCUGUCGCGACAUCAAGCAGCUCGACUAUGCUAAGCGCCAUCUGCAGACCACGCUCACGGCGCUAAAGCGGCUGCACAUGCUGGAAGAACUUGGCGGACAGAUCUUUGCCGACUUUCGGUCUAAUGGCCCAAUAGAGUCGUUGGAGGACAAUUUCCAUCCGAAGAAGAACGACAAGCUGUCUUUGCCAAGCUCGCGGCUGCACGAGAUGGACGUGACUUUGCUGCUGAAGUCUCUACAACGAACGCUCAUGUUUGAACGUGACGCAGCACAGCGCUUCGAAGGGAUGGCCGAUGAAGAAGAGCUUCAGAAAGUGGAACUGGACGAGAACGGCGAUGCCAUUGACCCACAUUCCGCUGAAGGAAUCAAGAGAAAACAUCGUCGUAAGAAGCGUGAGGCGGAGCGUAAAGCGCUAGAAGAAGAGAUGGAGAAGAACGGCGAGCUCACGGACGACAAUAACCAGGGCUUGCCGACUAUUCGGGAAUGA